GCUUCUCCUGCCGAUAACCUUCGAAGUACUGUGCAUCCCUACAGCUCUCGGUACUCUGAUCUCUCCACAUCCAUCUGAAUCUCCACCUUGUUCUUCUCACAAUCUCUUGCUUUCCCUAUCACCAUGUCCUCGUGCUGGUGAUCCCCUCAACCUGCGACGAAAAAGGCCUGCAAAGGCAUGGCGUCCUCCUUCUUCCAUCAUGGCUUCAUGUUGCAGAUGCAAACACCCCAUGAAGAAGAACACCAACUCCUCACACCUUCCCCAUGCACCAAUCUCCAAGACCUCAGAGGUACGGCUUCGAUGGUGGGGAAGAGAUCUGUGUCCUUCUCCGGGAUGGACACCUGCAGAGAGAUGAGCGCCGAGGAGGACCUGUCGGAUGAUGGAUCGCAAGCAGGGGAGAAGAAGAGGAGGCUCACCGUGGAGCAGGUGAGGACACUGGAGAAGAACUUCGAGCUGGGGAACAAGCUGGAGCCCGAGAGGAAGAUGCAGCUGGCCAGAACGCUGGGGAUGCAGCCGAGGCAGGUGGCCAUUUGGUUCCAGAACAGAAGGGCGAGGUGGAAGACGAAGCAACUGGAGAAGGAUUAUGAUGUGCUCAAGAGGCAUUUUGAGGCCAUCAAAUCUGAGAACGAAGCUCUCAAAGCCCACAACAAUCAACUCCAAGCUGAGAUCAUGACUCUUAGAGGCAGAGAACCAUCAGAUCUCAUCAACCUUAACAAAGAUACUGAAGGAUCUUGCAGCAACAGAAGUGAGAACAGUUCUGAGAUCAACUUAGAUAUCUCGAGGCAAUCAGUCGAUAAGAGCCCACUGCAUCCUCACCAAAGCUCUACUUUCUUCCAGCCAGUUAGGCCGGGAGACAUGGACCAGAUCUUCCAAAGCUCCUCGAGGCCAGAAACACAGUGCCCCAAGCUUGAGAAUGGUGGACAUGAGGGCACCUUAAGCAACCUGUUGUGCAGCAUGGAAGAUCAAUCUGCUUUCUGGUCAUGGUCAGACCACCACAGCUUUCAUUGAGGAAGAAUGCCAUCAGCACAAUCUGUUUGAUCAAUGUCAUUGGUGAAGCAUGAAGAACUCUUUUUGAAUUGUGAAAGAUCGUUCUGCAUCAGCAGCAGCAGCUGGAUGAAGCUGGUUAGUAUACCCUUCUUGGGAAUUAUUGUGCUAAGAACAAUCCUGCUGAGAGUUAAAAUUGAGUGAGGUUGAUGAAGGAAUUGGUAAAAGGAAUAAAAGUGUCAAUUACUGGAUAUUCCAAAUUGCAUCAUAUAUAUUAUUUUCUAGCUUGCAGUGA